CCUCUUGGCUCCCUUCACUCACCUUUUCUUGUUAUUAUUUGUUGUCGCGAAUUUAAUGAUUCUGGGAAGUGGAUUGAAUAGAGACUAGAAAAAAAGGAUUGAACUUUUUCCUUUGUCCUCUAUACCGAAAUUUCCUUCUAUUGAAUUCAAUGGCGCAUGGAGUCGGUAUUUCUCCCUCAUUAUCUUCCUCAUCCAUCUUCAUCAAGUAUCCCCAGAAUUUCCCCAAAUUUUUAUCUUCAAAAGCUUCUUAUUCUACCACUGCUUCAUCGCCUUCUCUCAAAUUUCACCAUCAAAUUCCAGUUCGCAAAUCCGAAUCGCAUAGGAAAAAGACGAGAAUCACUUGCUCUGAGAAAACCUCAACAACAACUGAGGUUGUCAAAGAGAGAAGUGUUUCUGUGCUUCUUUUGGCUGGAGGAAAGGGCACCAGAAUGGGUGCAAGCAUGCCAAAGCAGUAUAUUCCACUCCUAGGUCAACCAAUCGCGCUAUAUAGUUUCUACACUUUCUCAUGCAUGAUUGAAGUGAAGGAAAUUAUUGUCGUUUGUGAUCCGUCUUACAAGGAUGUCUUCGAAGACAAUCGUGAAAAGAUCCAUGUAGACCUCAAAUUUGCAUUGCCUGGAAAGGAGAGACAAGAUUCUGUCUUCAGUGGACUUCAGGCAAUAGAUGUUAAUUCAGAACUCGUAUGCGUUCACGACUCAGCGCGACCUCUCGUAUUAGCUGAGGAUAUAAAAAAGGUUCUAAUUGAUGGUCAGUUGAAUGGCGCAGCAGUACUUGGUGUUCCUGUGAAAGCUACAAUCAAAGAGGCAAAUAAUGCAUCCUUUGUUGUUAAAACACUGGACAGGAAGACGCUUUGGGAAAUGCAGACCCCCCAGGUUAUGAAGCCCGAGUUACUUAGAAGAGGUUUCGAGCUAGUAAAUGAGAAAAGGCUUGAAGUCACUGAUGACGUCUCUAUUGUGGAGCACCUUAAUCAUCCCGUGUACAUCACUGAAGGGUCUUACACCAACAUUAAGGUUACAACUCCUGAUGAUCUGUUACUUGCUGAGAGAAUAUUGAGUGUGAAGAAAGCUUAGUGGGCUAAUUAUUUCUUUGCUAGUUUAACACUUUAACCCCAGAUUUUACGGACAACUGAAUGCGCAGCCAUAUGCCACAGUAUGGUAUUGACUACUAUGUAGUAGUGACGACACAUAAACUUUUGAAAUCAAAUCAGAAUCUAUGAAAUUCAAUUCGCCACUUUUUACAUGACUAA